UCCAUCCUUUCGAUGUUUCGAUCACCUACGGUGUUGCCCGUUCAGCCGGCACUUUUUAAAUGACACCCACCAGUACGUCUUUAACCUACCUACAUUAACAAAACAUAGUGGUUAUCCUCCACAGACUACAGAGUGCGCGCUGUUGGCGGCUAGGCUGCGUAUGCGUUUUAAAAUCUUUUAACUACGGUACUUCACUGCGGUACUUGCGUGUUAAAAGUCUGAAGAUGGAGGCUGUGUAUGGACUGGAGACUACCGGUGUGCUCUUAAAUGCACGGUUUUCCGAGAUGAUGGUGCGUAGGGAGGUAAACGAGGAACAACAAAUUACCGAGAACGACCGUAAGGAAUUGGCUGAAGCGCAAGAGUGGUAUGCUCAAGAGCAGUUUUUGGCAACUUUAGUCAGUACUCUGCAAGAGACCACAGCACGUAUAAUCUCUCAAAUACCAACUACACAACAACACCAUGUAAAUAUCUUGCAGAGGAUAGAAAAAAGAAGCACGCAGAAGCGCGAGAGUCGAACCAGGUGGAUGGCUUCGGGCAAUUUCCAGAACUUUCGCGUAGCCCUUGCGCAGCAACCUCGUCAGUUGAAAUCCACGCGCCGGCCUCGAUGCUCCAGAGCGUCACUUCCCCGCUGUCACUGGCGGACAUGCAGUACAGCGACCUUUAAUGACCUUGCCAGAUUCGCAAGCAUUAGGCGGAUCGAUGUCGGCGAAGCGUGCUGCGCGUGCGGCGAGGCCCCGAGAGAGGUCGCAGGCGAGAGCGACGGCUGUCCCCUCGGUGGAGCAACUAGACCGGGAGCUGGCCGACUACAGGUCUCGCGACCCUCGCGUUCUGGACAGGCAGCUAGAAGAGUACGCCCGCCAGAGGGACCAUCACGCGGGACGUGAAGUCCAAGUGCACGACAUGCAAAUGUAUAAACUCUGGGCUUCCAGACAGGGUGCCAAUUAAAUAUUACUCCAAAACACCUGAAGAGGUAUACUUAUUACGUAGUUGUCCAAUAACGCAAUUAAUUUGAAAACAUGUUAGUGGACGACUUGUUGUGGGCGCGCCUUAAUCAUAUUUCCAUUCAAAAGUUUCUAGAUGAUUGCCUCAAUUGAUUUUGGAGAUUCAACUUUUCAAGUAAUUGUGAUUGAACUAUCAUAUAUAGUGGAGUCAAGGAAGGAAUUUCACUUCUUAUUUGCGAGGAAAAACACCGAUUUUGAUGUUUUUUUCAUGCAUAGGGACCUAAAUUUUCACCUUCUAGAGUAUUUCUUUAUUAUUUAUCUUUGUAGUUAAGAGUAAACCCAAUUUAAGUUCCAAGUAAUGUAUUAUCGUAUGUGUUGUCGUUAUUCACAGAGUGAGGUCAAAAGCCUAUAAAAAAAACUUUCCAUAUUUUUUUAUUACUUGAUAUACAUAUUCUGUACUUUCAACUAGGUAUCAAAUAUGGUUCAAAAGUUACUUGAGACCCUCUGACAGACAAACGAACAGACGAAUAAACGGUUUGAAGCCCAAGCCGUCUGUACAAAAUCAGAAAAGUACUUUAAAACAAUUUUUAGUUUCAAAUAUUUACGCUACUCUAAAUGUUAAUGAUUUUAAAUAAUAUAAAAAAAUAACAUCAAAAUCGCUCCUGUCCGUGGCACAUAAGAAGUUAGUUCUGACUCACUAAUAUUACGUACCAGCGAUGAAUUUAGUUACCUACCUUAAUUCCUACGUGAAUAUUGAUUUAAGUCUGUUUCUGAACAAAAGUAUGAAUUAUUCAACAUUUUGUAAUUUCAUUAUGUAUGUCGACAGGUACGUCGGUACUUACUUUUUUUUCGAACUUUAAAAUGAUUUGUAUCACCCAUAUUGUGAUAAGUUGAUAAAUUAGAUUAAAAAUAUUAUUAGUUAAGGCCUAAGACGGAUGGCUGUUUAGAUUGUACUUACGGACUGGCUUCCGAAGAUUAAAAUGUCUGUAUUUCUUGUUAUUCUUGUUGCUGUUGAUUAUGAUGUAUAAAAAAUAAAUCAUAAAAAAUC